AUGAGCGAGCGCCGGGUGGUCUCCCGGCGCCGAUCCGAGUCCGGAGGCGGCCUUCUGCUCAAGAAGCAGGGCUCCGCGGUCCGCCACGAGAGCCUGCUGUCCAGGGUGCCGGCAGAGGAGCGACACCGCGCGGGGGCACGUGCUCGGCGCAGCAUCGUGCAGCUGGCCAGCAUGCUCAAGUGCGUGUCCGGCUGCAACCCGCUCAGCUAUCGGGGCUACGGCUGCUUCUGCGGCUACAUGGGCGACGGCACGCCCGUCGACCACAUCGACAGCUGCUGCCUGGAACACGACUGGUGCUACUCGCAGUCCCCGUGCUCCAAGCUGUCCCUGUACCUUCUACCCUACGACUGGCACUGCCUGACACCCGGCAUGGCACACUGCGCGCAUCCGUCCUCGCUGAGCCCGCACGCCCACUGCGGCCAGCAGCUGUGCCAGUGCGACUUGGAGUUCGCCAACUGCGUCAGCCGCUACCCGUGUCCUCGCCGGAGGGCCUCGUGCCAGCACAGCAAGUUCGCCGCGUUCCACGGAUUCCUGCACGGCAAGAAGAGAUAG